CGACUCUCUCAAGACAUUAUCUUCACCGUCAACUGGUAGUUAGUAUCUGCCCGACUGCUGCAGGUCCAACUACAUUAAGAGGGUAAACGAAUGCAGCUUGGUUUACAAAAAAGGUUAAUUGAUAAAUAAGCGAAAAUAAUGAAGUCCUUAGUGUGUGUUAAAGAUUUUGAAGCUGAGGCUUUCGAUGUAUUAAACAAAAAUGCGAGAAACUAUUUUAAAAGCGGAGCUGAUGAUGAACUCACGGUUCGAAAAAAUGGUGAAGCGUUUUCAAGGUUACUAAUUCGUCCUCGUAUGCUGAGGGAUGUGUCAACCAGAAAACUGAAGAAAAACAUUUUGGGAAAGAGUAUACAAUUUCCUGUGGGAGUGGCACCGACAGCUUUUCAAAGUUUAGUGCACCCUACAGCUGAAAUUGAAAGUGCAAAGGCUGCAGCCUCUACGGGGACGAUAUUUGUCCUGAGCACUUUCUCCAACUGGAGUAUUGAAGAUGUUGGAAAUGCAGCUCCUGGAGGUCGAAAAUGGUUUCAACUAUUUCCAAAUACAGAAAAAAAGAUAACCUUAGAUUUGAUCACACGAGCUGAAAACGCUGGAUUUGAAGCAAUUGUGAUCACACUAGAUGCACAGAACUUUGGAAAAAAGAGAGAUAUCAUGAGAGAGCCAUUUAAACUUCCAGAAAAUCUGAAAAUGGCAAAUUUUGAAAAGUAUCAAACUAGCGAUAAAUCUGCUGAAGACAUUGGAGAAUUUGUGCAUUCAACCCUGGCUCAAGAUAUGACAUGGGACACAAUUUCUUGGAUUCGAAGUAACACAAAUCUGCCCGUCAUCCUGAAGGGAAUUCUAAACCCACAGGAUGCUGCACUUGCAGUACAACACAAUGUUGCUGGCGUUUGGGUGUCAAAUCAUGGCGGUCGACAGAUUGAUACUGCAAUCCCUUCCAUUGACGCUCUUCCUGACGUAGUACAAGCAGUAGGAGGAAAGUGUGAGGUGUAUGUGGAUAGUGGGAUCAGACGAGGUUCCGAUGUCUUUAAAGCUCUGGCAUUGGGGGCGGACAUGGUGUUUGUUGGAAGACCGACAAUUUGGGGAAUCGCUGUGUGCGGUGAAAAUGGUGCGAAACGAGUUUUAGAGAUUCUGCGAGAGGAGCUUGACUUGACUAUGGCUUUAUCUGGGGUUGCUGAUGUUCACGACAUAACUCUUGACCAUGUUCAGAGAAAGAAAAGCAAUGCCAUGUCAAAAUUAUAGCAGCCCUGCCUAACAUUAUAAAAUGAUGCAACUUGCAAUCCAAAUUUAGCAAUCAUAUUUAUUCUUCAUGAUCUACUACAAUAAAAUAAAUGAGAAUAAUAUGCAUGUAUGUGUAUGUAUAAAUAUGUGUAGGUUUUAAAUGUACACCGAUUAA